AUGCUGCCUCAGUUGAUCUAUUCAGGUUAUUGUAGUGUGGAAAAAAAUAAUAAUAAUCCUGCAGCCGCAGGAUGAGUCCAACAUUCUCUGAGCGCGUCCUCCGGUGGUUUCAUCCACCUGAAGAUUUCUGAGGCAAUUCCCAUCAUACCAGCGGCGGCAGCGCAGCACUUGGAAACGCUGAAUCAAUUUGAGAGAGAGGGAGAAAGAGAGAGAAAGAGAGAAAGAGGGAGAAGGAGAAGGGACAGCGUCGGCGGCGGCUCUGCAGUGGAAUACGCGCUUAUCUGAGGAAAGCUUGGAGCGACGUUGCGUUUUUUUUUGACUCUAUGAUGGCAUUACUGGAUUUUAACAACAUGUAACUCCUGGGUUCUUCUCACUUCACAAAACGCCUCAGUCAAAUCUCCUGACAGCCUAAGAAAGAGGAAAAAAAGAACAUCUGUUUAUCUGCAUACUUCUAUGUUCAAGAAACAAGAGGAGAAAACAGACUGACAGAGGACAAAUGAGAUCUCAGAGGAUGUGGAAUUAGAGGGAACAAAUUGAUGCUGGAGGUCCGAAGGGAAAGUAAACCUUAAAUCCACCAGUGUGGAGUCACCUCACCUGUAUCUCCGGAUUAAAGAGCAGGGUCAUGUCCCAGUUGCCAUGCGCAUCGCCACGCUGACCUGCCUUCCCGGCCCUUCCCCCUUCCUCUUUCUAUUGGUCCAUCUGCUCCUGCGGCUCUUUCUCAUCCUCCACGGGCCGGAAAUAACGGGAGCCUCCUCCACCUGCCCUUCCCUUUGCACGUGCUCCAACCAGGCCAGCCGAGUCAUUUGCACCAGGCAGAACCUGGAGCAGGUGCCUGAAAGCAUAUCCGUCAACACGCGAUACCUCAACCUGCAGGAGAACUCGAUACAGGUCAUCAAAUCGGACACCUUCAAGCAGCUAAGGCACCUUGAAAUUCUUCAGCUUUCCAAGAAUCAGAUAAGACAAAUUGAAAUCGGAGCAUUUAAUGGCCUCCCCAACCUCAACACGCUGGAGCUCUUUGACAACCGCCUCACGUUGGUGCCAACGCAGGCCUUCGAUUACCUCAGCAAGCUACGGGAGCUGUGGUUACGCAACAACCCUAUUGAGACCCUCCCUAGUUAUGCCUUCAACCGUGUGCCCUCCCUGCGUCGCUUGGACCUGGGUGAGCUUAAAAAGUUGGAAUACAUCUCUGAUGCAGCCUUUGUUGGCCUUGUCAAUCUACGGUACCUGAACUUGGGUAUGUGUGGGCUUAAAGAUAUUCCCAAACUGACACCCCUUGUGCGUUUGGAAGAGCUGGAGUUGUCAGGGAACCGCCUGGAGAUAAUUCGUCCUGGAUCUUUCCAGGGACUGGUGUCUCUUAAAAAGCUGUGGCUAAUGCACUCACAGGUUUCUGUGAUUGAGCGCAAUGCCUUUGAUGAUCUAAAAAACCUGGAGGAGCUCAAUCUCUCACAUAAUUCCCUGCACUCCUUGCCUCAUGAUCUUUUCACACCCCUUCACCAACUGGAGAGGGUGCACCUCAACCAUAAUCCUUGGGUCUGCAAUUGUGAUGUACUUUGGCUUAGUUGGUGGCUGAAGGAGACAGUGCCCAGUAACACCACCUGCUGUGCACGCUGCCAUGCUCCUCCAGUUCUCAAGGGCAAGUACAUUGGAGAACUUGACCAGAGCCACUUCACCUGCUUUGCACCCGUCAUUGUAGAGCCCCCUACUGACCUUAAUGUGACUGAAGGGAUGGCUGCAGAGCUGAAGUGUCGCACAAGUACCUCUACAACGUCCGUUAACUGGAUUACUCCCAACGGUACCCUAAUGACCCAUGGGUCUUACCGAGUCCGGAUUUCUGUUCUACAUGAUGGCACAUUGAACUUCACAAAUGUUACCCUGAGGGACACAGGCCAGUACACUUGCAUGGUUACCAAUGCUGCUGGAAACACUACUGCAACUGCUGUCCUCAAUGUUACUGCUGCUGAUGCCCUUGUCAACAUCACCUUUUUUACAACUGUUACUGUGGAAACAGAUAAUGGAGGACCCAAUGAUUAUGCACAGGUUGAUGAGACCACCAUAUCCAUUCCCUCUGACCUAUUGUCUGAGGUAGUUCCUACCACAGAUUCCUCUCUAACUGGUGGUUGGUUGUCCUCCUCUCCACGGGCAACUCGCCCAACUUUCACUGUGCCAUUCACGGAACCAGGUUUCUCUGGCCUGGAUGAUGUGAUGAAGACCACCAAGAUCAUCAUUGGCUGCUUCGUAGCCAUCACUUUCAUGGCAGCAGUGAUGCUGGUGGUGUUCUAUAAGCUGAGGAAGCAGCAUCAGCUGCACAAACAUCAUGGCCCUGCUCGUGCAAUUGAGAUCAUCAAUGUGGAUGAUGACCUAGGUCCUGGGGCUAGUGGCCGGGGCAGUGGAAUAUCUGGAGGCUCCACUGUAACACAAAGCGCAGGGAGUGGAUUAGGAGGAUGUCAGAGUCUCAGGUUGCACCAUCCAGAGAUUGUGAAUCUACCAAACCUAGCUCGAUCAGAGCACCUCAACCACUACUACAAAACACAUCAUUUCAACAGCAACAUGAUGGGCCUUGGGAUGGGCACAGGGCCAGGUGUGGGCCUCAACAACAACAACAACCCCUCGCCAUGCUCUCAAGCGCAGAGCAUAUCCUGCUCCCAGGUUCCAUCUAGCACUGGUGGGGGGACGUCCACUGGUGGCACCCUUCCGUCCAACAUAGCCCUGCCUCAGUUGGGUCUACAUAGUUCUCUGAAAGGCCUGAUAGGAAAAGGCCAAAAUGAACCACUCCUUUUCAAGAGCGGCUCAAAAGAAAAUGUGCAAGAGACCCAAAUCUAAAAAAGGUAGACGUUUGAGAUAGCAAGACAAAAGGAGACAGGAGACCAGUCCCACCAACAGCAUCUGCACAGUCUCAAAUGUCAGAAUUACUCAUUGUGUGCAGCUUGAUAUGGUAUUUGCCAAAGCUCAAGAUCAAGCAUUUUCUCUCAGCGGACAGAAAUGAACAAUGCACACCUGCAGUGAACCCUUCAAGGAUGUAUACAGAUUGCUUCGUACAUUUCCAGAUGCAUUCAGUGUAUAUAUUUGGAGGGGGACAUAAUAGUGGCCAUUGAACAUGUUGUCAGAUUAGUGUUUGGCAAAGGCAGGGAAUAGCAAACAAUGCUUUGUGUGGGCAAAGCAGAGCAGUCCCAGGUUUUCAGGAAAACCCAGAGGAAGCAAAAUAGGAGCGGAGCAGCAACGCCGCUUGGAAUAUCAGAACAACAAAAAGUGAUUUUGCUCCUUACUUUAUCACUAUUUUCAAUUUUACACGUUACUGGUUACUGUCUUCUUUAAAAGAAUGGAAAUAUUAUGAAGGAGUGAAGGACAACUAUAGAGCGAUAUAUAAAGAACUGAAGGUACAUAAUAUAUAUACCGUAAAUAUAUUUUCAUUCAAAUAAAUUAUGAAAAAUCUUUAUCAAGCUAAUGAGUGACCACUACAACAACUGAAGAAAAUAUAUAUUUAAAAAAAAAAAGAUUUAAGUACAUGCCCUGCUGUUUUAGUUUAACAAUCCCUCUUAAAACUUCCUGGAACUUGAAAUACAAAAAGCCGCCCUGACUGCUCUUCCUCUGGAUACAUGUGAAAGAAAGAAGCCACAACGCAGACCUGACAAAGUGAUGAAAACCAUAUUAUUUUAGUCUUGAUCUUUGUUGUAUCCACAAACGCUGUUUUCACUUACAGAAACAGAGUCUGUUAUUCUCUGCUGCAAAACCAUGAAACACGACAGGAGCUUUGAAAUUUGUUUUUCCCUCUAUGAUGGCACUCUAGUAUUAAUAAUAAUCACUCCGAUAAUAAUGAUAACAAAUUCAGCUUUAUUUGUCAUUAGGACAUUACUCUGCAGUUAAAAUGGUGUUGCAGAAAAUUAAUUUCUUGAAAGUUUAACAAAUCAUUUAAAAUAUUAAUGAUAUGAAAUGUCAAUGUUAUUGUGCUAUCAUUAUUAUUGUUGAAGUGACUAUUAUUGUUACUGCUACUGCCCACAGAUAACUGAAGAGUGACUUUUUUCAUUUGUACAUGACGCUGAUAUCAUUUGGCCGAUCUAACAUGCCACUUAACGAACUCUGUAAGCGUCAGAAGGAAAUGACCUGGCUCAUAAAAGGGCUUCCUUGAGUCCGACCCUCAUCGACCCUUUCUGAUGGGACACCAUUGCUAUAUGACAUAAAGCACGAAGACUGCACAUAUUUGCAGAGGAUUAUUUCCCGACUGUAUCUCAGUGUUAUGAGUUGGUUUGAUGGCAGCGGGGUGCAAAAAUGGAUGAACAUUUUUUUUAAAAGGUAAGAAAAGCUUGUUUGUUGAAGGAGGAGGUGGCAUUUAGUGCAGUAUUCAGUGGUGGGCGAAUUUUUUUCUAAAGAAAAAGGACAAGUAAAUAAAAAAAAAA